AAGGCGGCUACUGGCCACGGAACCUGCCAAUCGCACUCCGCCGCCGCCGCCAGCUUCAUAUCUACUCCUACAUCGCAGCCUCGCACAGUCGCAGGCCGGGCAACACAAACACAAGUCCGAGGGUGGCGGAGGGAGACGGGAGAAGGCAGGGAGCUUCGCCUAGAUCGCCCUUCUCCAGGGUGAAUUGUGGUUCUCGGCACGGUCGAGGAUAAGAAGCAUUGCAUAAUUGUGGAUCCUAAAAGGAGAAUAUGGGUCUCUUAGAGCUCUUCACCACAGCAUGUGUGCCAGUAUUUAACAUGCUUCUGGUGACUGGUUUUGGGUCGUUCUUAGCAACUGAUUUUGCUGGCUUACUAAGCAAAGAAGCAAGAAAACAUUUGAACAAUAUAGUAUUUUAUGUAUUCAAUCCAUCCCUUGUUGCAAUCUAUUUGGCUAAAACAAUCACCAUGGAAAGCUUGGCUAAACUGUGGUUUAUGCCAGUGAAUAUUCUUCUUGCUUUUACCUUCGGUUUAUUUUUCGGAUGGAUCGUGGUAAAAGUUACAAGAGCACCUGCGAAGCUAAGAGGCCUCAUUUUGGGUUGUUGUUCUGCUGGCAAUUUGGGCAAUAUCUUCCUCAUCAUCAUUCCAGCUCUUUGCAAAGAGAAGGGAAGCCCGUUUGGAGAACCUGAUGUUUGUCAGACUUAUGGACUAGCAUAUUCUUCCCUCUCCAUGGCUAUUGGUGCUGUGUUUCUAUGGUCGAUUGUGUAUAAUAUUGUCCGUGUCACAUCAAAUGUGACCAAAGGAGAUGGCGGUGCUCAAACUAAAGUGUUAAUUUCAGGAAGUGCUACAGAAAAUACUGCAGAACAGAACUGCUCAGCCUCGAAUGAUCACACCGAUGAAUGUACACUGCCAUUGAUAUCCACGAACAUACCUCCAAUCAAAUAUAAGGUUCCGUUGUUGGAGAGAACGUGGAAGUUUCUCUCGUUGAUUUCUGGAAAAGUUGACUUGAAGAAGCUCUUUGCUCCUUCAACCAUUGCAGUGAUUGUUGGGUUCAUAAUUGGAGGAACCCCUUUCAUCAGAAAUGCUAUAAUCGGAGACACUGCCCCUCUUCGUGUCCUGCAGGAAUCCGCUGAAUUGAUAGGGUGUUUUCUGACACAGCGGAGGGGCAAUUCCAUCGGUCACGUUGAUAAUGGGAGCAAACCUUCUCAACGGAGUACGAGGUGGAGCAAGCGUCCAGCCGUCCGUGAUAGCCGGCGUCGUGGUUGUCAGAUACGUCCUGCUCCCUCUGCUGGGCACCGCGCUGGUGAAGGGAGCCGUCCGGCUGGGCCUCGUUCAGCCGGACCCUCUGUACCAGUUCAUCCUCCACCUGCAGUACGCCGUGCCGCCCGCGAUGAACAUCGGGACUAUAAUGCAGCUGUUCGGCGUGGGGGAGAGCGAGUGCUCCGUGAUCUUCGUGUGGGUGUACGCGCUCGCGUCCGUGGCCGUCACCGUCUGGUCCGCCUUCUUCAUGUGGACGCUGUCGCCGUGACUCGCGCGAGUGAGAGCGUGUCCGGUGUGGCGCGGCAGAGGAGGCGACGGCCACGGCCCUAGCAUCGCGCUGUGUGACUCGUUGUAUCGCGUCGCUGGAAUGGAAACAAGCAGGCUGGGUAGCUGAA